UUGACUGGAUGGUGGCACUUGGUUCAAAGCUAGCUGCUGGUGGCGACAGCGGCCCGUAGCUGGUUUUCAUGUCUGGCUAGCGCAGAUUACAAGCACACAUACGCAUACCAGCAAUAUGUAUUUUGAACUUUCCAGAAAACCUGCACCCAGUCGUGUCGCAGCCUGCUUGCCUCGACUACGGGAACGACGGUGACAGCAAUGACAGCCCACUUCCUAAGCGACAACCACGCACACAACCUCAGCUUCAGCCUCAGCCGAGUAGCAGCACUAUUCCAAUCGGCGACCGACAACUAGACUGGUUUAGUCCGCUGUGUUACCUGCAACAUUCAACAACCAAUAAAUUCAUUGUACGCUCGCUCGCUGAUUUGCUUGACCGCGAUAAGAUCCGUUAGGACUGUGUAAAAGUUGUGGAAAAAGUUGCUGAUAGUUUUAAAAAUGAAACUCCAGCUGAUCUUGUUGCUGGCCUGUGUGGCAUUGGCCGCAGCCAAAUUUCAGCUACGCACAGCUGAAGAUGCGAUUAUUGCGCAUGAGGAGUGCCGUGAUGAGUUCCAUAUACCCGAAGACAUUUAUCAGAAAUAUUUAAACUAUGAAUUCCCCGCUCACAAGCGCACGAAUUGCUAUGUGAAGUGUUUUGUGGAGAAAAUGGGACUCUUCACUGAGGAGAAGGGCUUCGAUGAGAAGGCGAUUAUUGCGCAAUUCACUGCGAAGAGUUCCAAAAAUUUGGCUAAGGUCUCACAUGGUUUGGAGAAGUGUAUCGAUCACAACGAACACGAUUCGGAUACCUGCACUUGGGCGAAUCGUGUCUUUUCCUGCUGGAUCUCCGUGAAUCGGCCGAUUGUGCGCAGAACUUACAUUGCGAAUUGAACAUUUGAGUUGUAUUUGAGACGGGAGGUAUAAUUUUGAUUUUACAAAAUUUAAAUAUUGCAGUGCAACAUAUUUUUCGCACAUACAUACAUACAUAUACGUGAAAAUAACGAUUAUUUAAAAAUAUGAAAUAAAAUUUCUUAGAUAUC